UGGAGUGAGGAAUAUCGAAGUCCUAUGUUAAGCGUUUCUGCAGACGGAAGGGAUAUCACCUAUCAAGGUUCUCCAAGCAACUCUGAUAAAGAUGCCGCAGCUGCGCAUACGAUCUUCCCUGUUCCUCCUGCCUGCGGCAUAUACUACUACGAGGUCGAGGUGACCAGCAAG